AUGUCGUCAGCACAGCAACGUUUGAACUCUGUCGCCAACCAGCUCGCGGCUCCUGGCUCGGCCCGCCAGAAGAUCCUCGCGAAGAAUGCCGAUGAUAUCGCCCGCAAGGGUGGUCUGAAGGAUACAACAGUAGAUGACCUUCUGGUCUCACUUCUUACCAGCGUGCGCGAGAACUCCAAGCUCGACCCCAGCCUCGUCGAAGAUGUCUGCGUCGGAAACGUCCUCUGCCCCGGCAACGCCUAUGUCGCCCGCUCCGCUGUCCUGGCUGCCGGAUUCCCCGUGACUGCGGCCGCCUCCAUUGCCAACCGUUUCUGUUCCUCCGGCCUCCUGGCUGUGCAAAACAUUGCCAACCAAAUCAUCGCGGGUUCGAUUGAUGUUGGUGUGGCCGUCGGAGCCGAGAGCAUGAGCAAGAACGCCGACGGCGGCGCCCCCGAAAUGUCCGAGAAAAUCGCCAAGCAUCCCAUCGCGUCCCAGAACUCCCAGCCUAUGGGCCAGACCUCCGAGAAUGUCGCCAACCAAUUCGGCAUCACGCGCCAGCAGCACGACGCCUUCGCCGCGAAGAGCUUCCAGAAGGCCGAGCGCGCCCAGAAGGCCGGUUGGCUCAAUGAUGAAAUUGUCCCUGUCAAGACCCAGAUCAAGGACCCCAAGACCGGUGAGGUCAAGGAUGUUGUCGUUGACCGUGACGAUGGUAUUCGAUACGGUACUACUCCCGAGUCCCUUGGUAAAGUCCGCGCUGCCUUCCCCCAGUGGGCUCCUAGUGCUACCACUGGUGGUAACGCCAGUCAGAUCACUGAUGGCGCCGCCGCUCUCGUUCUGAUGAAGCGUUCGCGCGCCCAGGAGCUUGGCCAGCCCAUUGUUGCCAAGUUCUGCGGUGCUACCGUUUCUGGUCUUGAGCCUCGCAUCAUGGGUAUUGGACCAUCUCUCGCUAUCCCCAAGAUCCUGAGCAAGUUCAACCUGAGCAAGGAUGAUAUUGAUAUCUUUGAAAUUAACGAGGCUUUCUCCUCAAUGGGUGUCUACUGUGUCAAUAAGUUGGCCCUCGAUGAGUCAAAGGUCAACCCCCGUGGCGGUGCCAUUGCUUUCGGUCACCCUCUCGGCGCCACUGGUGCGCGCCAGGUCGUUACUGCUCUGUCCGAGCUGCGCCGCCAGGACAAGCGCGUCGCUGUGACGUCAAUGUGUGUUGGAACUGGCAUGGGAAUGGCCGGUAUUUUCGUUUCUGAGCAUUAA